AUGAAUCGUGAAUCGCUGUCGAAAAGUCAAAAGAGUGGUUUAAAGAUGGCAGACAUUUAUGAAGCACAUCAGGAUUUGAAUUACCUCAUAUCAAACGAAAUUCCAUCUUCAUCAUUCAAAUUAACUGCUAAAAUAUCAGAGAAUGUUGAAAAAUUGGAACAAUCAAGCUUUAACAUGAAUUCCCGUCUUGGAAAUAAUUAUUUGAACAAUAGUAGUUCGUCUACAGUGAAAGAAGAUAGCAUUUCACAGUACUGGCGUACAAACUCUGAUGAAUUAACACAAAUUCGUAAUUUCGUUGGAAUUCUUCAAAAAGCUAAAGAAAACAUACAAUCAACCGGAUUCCCGUAUAGAAUCGAGCAAGAGGAAAAAUCUCUCGAAUUCUUCAAAUCGAGAAACUCAUCUCGAAAUAAGGACCCAAAAACUUUGAAACUUGAUCAGAGAACAACAUCUACAGAAAAUGAAAAUUAUUUGAUAGAAGCAGACUCAGACAAUUCUCCAAAUAACACUCUUUACAAUUUGCAGUUGAAAACUUUCUAA